AUGCCGUCUCUCACUGCUUACCUGGUCAAGAUGGACGAGCCCGGCCUGCAGAAAGCGACGACUCACCCAUUCCUGUCAGCUGCUGCGACGUCUUCACUCCAACCACACAAGCUCAAGCAAUGGCUGGCUCAAGAUCGGCUCUACGCCCUGUCCUACACCAACUUCAUCGGGUCUCUACUCUCCCAAGUCUCCAUCCCAACCGGGCCCGACCGCGAGACUACCAUAGAAUGGCGCAUUGCCGAUGCCCUGAUCGACUGCCUCAACAAUAUCCGAAACGAAGUCAAGAUGUUCGAGGAGGCCGCGGCCGCCGAAGGAUUUCUUGAGGAGAUUUGCAGUGCUGAGGCGACGGUCCCGGCCAGAGCAACACGCUCAUAUCAGGACCUCUUCGCAGGAAGCUUAGCGCAGGGUAGGCCUCUGAUUGUUGGUCUGACUGUCCUGUGGGCCACGGAAGAGUGCUACCUUCGCGCAUGGAGGCAUGCUUGGUCCAAAAUGGAUCAAUCGCUGAGGCCAAAGGAUCGGGACGUGAUGCAGAGGGUGUUUGUACCGAACUGGAGCUCGCCUGAGUUCGAGGCGUUCGUGAGACGGUUGGGAGGUUUAGUCAACAAGAUGGCGAUUGAAUGGGGCGUCGAAGAGGAAGGCUGGGUAUGGAAGGAGUGCGAGGCGGCUUUCAGACAGGUAUUGUGGGUGGAAGCAGAGUUCUGGCCGAAUGUUGACGAGGAUGGACAUGAAGUGAAAGAGGACCAGUCUGGACAGUCUGAGUAG